CAUAGCUGCAUCAAAGCCUGCACUUAGGGUUUCCAGGGGCGCAGUUGAGAGGCGAGGCCGAGAGAGCGGUCUGGUCCAGGAGCCUACCUGACCUUGACCUAACUUCCCCCGGAGAAGGGAAGUAAGCGGAAGGUAGCAAAGCGUAGUUAAUGACAGCUUGGGCUCUGCAGCGAGACCUGGUUUCCAAGCCCUGCGUUAGCAUCUUGGCCUCAGCUUCCACAUCUGUGAAACGGGAAUACCUGUGGGUGUUACUGGAUAAGCGCUCGGUGCAUGUUAGAGGGCGUCGGUUUUAUUAAGAAAAGGAAAGCGAAUGGAAAGGCCCAUUCUACUUCAUCCUGGGCGCAGACCCACAGUUUGGGCUGAUGAAGGCCUGGUCCACCGGGGACUGUGACAAUGGCGGUGAGGAAUGGGAACAGGAGAUCCGUCUAACUGAGCAAGCCGUCCAGGCCAUCAACAAGCUGAACCCCAAACCCAAAUUCUUCGUUCUGUGCGGUGACCUCAUCCACGCCAUGCCAGGGAAGCCGUGGCGGACUGAGCAGACGGAGGACCUGAAGCGAGUGCUCAGGACGGUGGACAGGGCAAUCCCACUGGUCCUCGUCAGCGGCAACCACGACAUCGGCAACGCCCCCACGGCCGAGACCGUCGAGGAGUUCUGCCGGACUUGGGGAGAUGACUACUUCAGCUUCUGGGUCGGGGGCGUCCUGUUCCUGGUCCUCAACUCCCAGUUCUAUGAGAACGCCUCCAAGUGCCCCAGCCUGAAGCAGGCGCAGGACCAGUGGCUGGACGAGCAGCUGAGCAUCGCGAGGCAGCAGCACUGCCAGCACGCCAUCGUCUUCCAGCACAUCCCGCUGUUCCUGGAGAGCAUCGACGAGGACGACGACGACUACUUCAACCUCAGCAAGCCUGCUCGGAAGAAGUUGGCAGACAAGUUCAUCCACGCAGGUGUCAAAGUCGUGUUCUCAGGCCAUUACCACAGGAAUGCCGGGGGUACCUACCAGAACCUCGACAUGGUGGUGUCAUCUGCCAUUGGAUGCCAGCUUGGCAGAGAUCCCCACGGGCUCCGAGUCGUGGUGGUCAGCGCUGAGAAAAUUGUUCACCGAUACUAUAGUCUAGAUGAGCUGAGUGAGAAAGGAAUAGAGGACGAUCUCAUGGAUUUGAUCAAGAAAAAAUGACGCUCCUUCCUGUUCCCGUUCACUUUUCACUUGCACUAUUUUUUUAUUUUGCCAGAAACAGCAGCUGCACACAACCCCUUGCUGAAAUAUAAAAAUAGCCCAGGCAGGUUUGUGAAUUUAUGUCCUUUUGCAUAAAUCAGAGAGCUGGGGCCCUAUCCUGAAUUAUAUUCAAAAUAGAACUGCAUUUCCUUUAAAAUGGAGCAAGUGAUCCUGGAAAUCAGUUUUUAAAAUAUUAGACUAUCUCUGCAUGGAUGUUUGAAUAAAUUCUCCUAAUGCUGUGUUUCUCAACUCCACUUUUGAAUUGGAUUGUAUUCUGGUUAGCAUAUGAUCAAAGUCUGCCUAUCGACCUCAAUUCCAAUCUGAUAGCCAAGUGUGAUCGUUGAUAAUUCCUUAAACAAACUACACCUGAUUGUAUUAAAUUGUGGUCAUGAUUCCCAAAA